AUGACGUUCCUGCACUUCGCCAACUGCGCCCUUCUGGCGUUCGGACCCUCGUUUAUCUUCUACAAGGCCGGCAAGUUGUCGGAGUACAAUGCGUUCUUCCCGGUUGCGUACGCUGCUCUGAUUUAUGUAGCAACACAAGCGAUCAAGCUGCUCUUGUUUGCAACGCUGGUGCCUGCGUCCGAGGAGGGCCAGUUCGAGAUCCUUCACGAGGUGUUGAAGGCGCUCGUCAACGCUGGUGACGUGGUGGGCAUCUACUUUGCCCUCAACCAGAAGACCGUGGGCGGUGAGGCCAGAGUGCUGAGCGUGGGCCUCGGCUGGGCCGUGGCUGAGUCCAUUCUGAUGCGCUUGGCUCCGCUCUGGAUCGGCGCUCGCCAGCUUGAGUUUAGCUGGGAGUACAUCCAAAUGAGCAUUGAGGCCAACUUCAGCUUGUUGCGACUGAUUGCGCUCACCACGCUGGUGUGGCUGUACACCCACUCGCGCAAGGAGCACACCGCGCUCUCCAGCAUCAAGAUGUCUGCCUACGCGAUCAUUCUCUACUUCGCCUUCCCGAUCGCUGUGAGCUUCCUGCAGCUGCAGCUCCACGUCGGAUCCUGGUACCUCGUGAUCGCUUCCGGCCUCUUCUCCGCCCUCAUGGCCUAUGUGGCCAACCACCUCAACGCCCUCUACAGCGUCGAGAGACAGACCAAGGCCAAGUGA